GACGGGCGAAGGCGGGAGCGCGCGGGAGCCGCGGGCGGGCCGCAGGAAACAUGAAGGUCAUCACCUGUGAAAUCGUGUGGCAUAAUAAGGAGCCGGUUUACAGCUUGGACUUCCAGCAUGGAGCGGAUGGGAGGAUGAAUCGCCUGGCCUCGGCAGGGGUGGACACGGCCGUGAGGAUCUGGAAGGUGGAGAAGGGCCCGGAUGGAAAAGCCAUCGUGGAGUUCCUGUCCAACCUGGCGCGCCACACCAAGGCCGUCAACGUCGUGCGCUUCUCUCCCAGCGGGGACAUCCUGGCCUCAGGAGGGGAUGAUGCUGUCAUUUUGCUGUGGAAGCUGAAUGACAGCAAAGAGUUGGAGCCGUUGGUGUUUCAGGAUGAUGAUGAGGCUCAGCUCAACAAGGAGAACUGGGCAGUCAUUAAAACUUUGAGAGGCCACUUGGAAGAUGUGUAUGAUAUUUGUUGGACCUCAGAUGGGAAUUACAUGGCAUCUGCUUCUGUGGAUAACACAGCAAUCAUGUGGGAUGUCAAUAAAGGACAGAAAGUUUCAAUAUUCAAUGAGCACAAGAGUUAUGUCCAAGGAGUCACCUGGGAUCCUCUGGGCCAGUACAUUGCAACCCUGAGUUGUGACAGGGUCCUGCGAGUUUACAGCACCCAGACCAAGCGAGUGGCCUUCAAUGUCACCAAGAUGCCAUCGGGGUCGGGAGCUGAAGGAGAGGUGAGGAGCUUUCGGAUGUUCCACGAUGACAGCAUGAAGUCGUUCUUCCGCAGGCUCAGCUUCACCCCUGAUGGCUCCUACCUGCUCACUCCAGCUGGCUGUGUGGAAUCGGGAGAGAACGUUACCAACACCACCUAUGUUUUCUCCAGAAACAAUCUUAAAAGGCCCGUGGGUCACCUGCCCUGUCCUGGCAAGGGCACUCUGGCUGUUCGCUGCUGCCCUGUGUACUUUGAGCUGAGAGGAGCCUCUGCUGCAGGUGGAAUCAGCCCCAAAUCCCCCCCUGCCCUGUUCAGCCUCCCCUAUCGAUUGGUGUUUGCUGUUGCCUCAGAGGAUUCUGUGCUGUUUUACGACACUGAGCAGUCCUUCCCCUUUGGUUAUGUCUCCAACAUCCAUUACCACACCCUGAGUGACAUUUCAUGGUCCAGCGAUGGAUCCUUCCUGGCCAUUUCCUCCACGGACGGGUACUGCUCCUUCGUCACCUUCGAGGAGGAUGAGCUGGGAGUGCCCCUGAAGGAAAGGCCCCAGAUCCCUGUCAGGACUCCUGGAGCAGCAGCAGACAAGAAAGCCAAGAAAAGCCAAUCCCACAAAGUGAUUUCCCCAGGCUCCAGGCUGCCAGAGGGGACCCCUCCCAGCAAGGAUCCCCCAGUGCCACCCCGAACCCCCAGCACUGCUGGGAAGGAGCUGCCUUCAACCCCUGUGGGCAUCAAAAGCACCCCAGUGCCAUCCCCUGCCACCCCUGGGGGCAUCAAAGCCACCCCAGUGCCAUCCCCUGCCACCCCUGGGGGCAUCAAAGCCACCCCAGUGCCAUCCCCUGCCACCCCUGUGGGCACCAAAGCCACCCCAGUGCCAUCCCCUGCCACCCCUGGGGGCAUCAAAGCCACCCCAGUGCCAUCCCCUGCCACCCCUGUGGGCACCAAAGCCACCCCAGUGCCAUCCUCAGAGGAGAGGAGGAGCAGCCAGAGCAGCAGAGCCCCCCAGCCCAGGAGGGUCACCCUCACCACGCUGCAGCCCUGUUUCAAAACACCCAGGAGAAUAAACUUGAUUUCCUUGAAGCCAGACAGCCCAGCCUCUGCAUACCCAGAGCCAGCCCCCAUCUCCAUCCCUCCUUCCUCAGAGCAGCAGCAUGAGAAGCCAUUGCCAUCUGAUGAGAGCCUGCAAGCUCCCCCAGCCCCAAAACGUGCCAGGACUGAGGAUUUGCCCCUUCCUUCUGCUGCUGGAGACCAAACCAGCUGUGAGUCCAACAAAUAA